AUGGAUGAUGUGAAGAGGUUGGCUGCGACCAAGCCCGUGGUGAUCUUCAGCAAAAGCUUUUGCUGCAUGACAGACUACGUUGAGACACUGAUACGCAACUUUGGGGCGAACCCUACAAUUUAUGAGCUCGAUGGAUUUCAUAAUGGACAGCAAAUGGAGAAGGCACUGCUGACAUUAGGAUGUAACCCGAGCGUACCUGCAGUGUUUAUGGGGAGGGAAUUGGUUGGUGGUGCUAAGGAGGUCACCAGCCUCAAUGUCAGGGGAGAGCUGAAACAGCGGCUCAUAGACGCCAGUGCGAUAUGGGUUUAG